GAAGUUCUGAAAGCCUCGAUUCUCCGAAUCGUCCGCGUUUCUUUUUAUCAUCUGUUUCGACAGCUUAGCCGCAGACAGCUUCCCACGCACAGCCCUUCUUUAUUUUUAUUUUUUAGAGUUCCCGUUACUGCACUCGUUGUGCCAGGAUAGUGGCCCUUCAGCAUGCAACACACGGUCUCUAAGCUCACGCUUGUCACGUGCAGCUAGUGAAAAAUGGGGGAAAAAGUGAAAGUAGCAGGCACUGUGCCUGGGAGAGAAAGUGCCAGAUAAGGAGGCGGGUUUAGAAAAAAGAAAAAAGGAAGAAGAAGAAAAAAAAGGGGGGGCGGGGGGCGUCUUAUACAGCCGACUACUGACGUGGCUGGGAUCGCGCAAGAAAUGAUAAUAAAAGCAAUAACCGUUGGUGCGUGGCCCACCACUGCGCUUGCCUACAGCCUGACGAAACCGUGUCCCAGCCGCAGCCUGCAGCCCUGAACCAUGCCCGAUUGCGCACACCGCCGGGUGAGGUGCAACCGGCAAAGGCCGGUGGCAAGAUCACGCGCGCUGCUAAAUCCCUCCGUCGUCACCUGCUCGUUGCUUCUACGGCGGUCAGCGCGUGCGGAAAGCCGUAGCUUCGGCGCGAGUUCGCAGACGAAAAUGGUGGAAGUGAGGGCGCACUCCUUAGUUCGCCCAGUCUCCGCUGCCGCCAAGCAAGGCGCCACCGACGACAACACCGCCUCGCCUUACGCCCGCCGCCCGCUCCGGCCGCUCUCUCGCAUGCCGCCGCCGCGACUCGCUCGCUGACUUCGGCGCGCGCGCACUACACGCGACGCAGACGCAUCCACCACGCGGGUUCGCCGGCUCCUCCGCAGAGAGCGGAAGGAUAGUGGCGUGCGUGAGUGGUUCCAGUGGGCGGUGGUGGUGAUCUCCAGGAGGAGGCGCGCGCUGUCGUCUUCCAGCGUGCGUUGUGUCGGGCCGGCGCGCCGCACGAAUUGCUCCCGGUGCUCCCUUCUUAUCCAACGCCGGAAAUGUCCGAGCACCGCCGGCCUGGUCGCCGCUCCACGUGAGCUCGGGGGCAGACCGGCGCGACGAUGUCCGGACAGACAGCGACGCUGUCUCAGCGACCGCAGAAGCGCCGGGGGGCUGUGCGCUUGAUGCCCGACCGUGCGUAGAGACUGACCGAACUCCCGCUCUUCCUAGUUUGUUUCGCGCGACCAGACUUUUUGACGUAAAGAGGUGGUGGUGACGACUCACUAGACGAUGGUGCGCCGCCAACUCGAGUGGCUUGUCUGUUGGUGCGCGCUGGUGGCGGCCGUCAGCGUCGGAUACGUCCACGGACACCUGCUCGUCGACAGGAGCGCCAAGCAGCGGGUGCAGGCGCUGCUGGCCCAUCAGAACCCCAUCAGCGCGCUGAGGACGUCGGCACCCGUGUCUCCGCUCGGAGUAACACGCAGCGGCCCCGUGGCAGCGGCUCCUGCCAGCAGCGCGAUGCCGUCCCGGUCCGGUGACGCCCGCAGCGGUGGAAGCAGCAGCAGCUAUGCCGACACCGUGCGACUCCUGUACAGCGCCAGGGACGCCCGCGAGGCCAGGAUACGGGAACCCCGCGUCACACCCGUGCUCUCGCAAGAGCUGGAGGACGUCCGGAGUGCCAACGAGCACUUCCUGCGCAUUCGGACGACGGCCCGGUGCCGGGUGCCCCGCACGCGCGUCGUGCACGUCAAGGAGUUCUACUCGGACCCGAGCAAGGAGUACCUGCCUCGGUGCACCAUCCUGCACCGGUGCGGCGACGAUUCCGGAUGCUGCGACAGCGAGCAGUACCAGUGCGUGCCCCGGGCCGUGCAGGAGGUCACGCUACACUUUUACACGAUCCACCUGCAGAACCAGAACGGCGGCGAGGUGGCCCUCCGCAACUCCGUGACCAAGCUGCUCUUCCCAAACCACACCGAGUGCGAGUGCCAGCCGGUGAACGACAUCCCGCGAACAGCAGCGAGGCCCUCGCGAAUCGCUCAUCACUCGGGCGAGCACAACAAGGUUUCGCUGCACGCGCCUUCGUCGGAGGACGCUGACAUGGCCGCCGGAUCGGGCAUGCACGAGGAGCUGCCCUCGGGACCACUCAAGUGCCAUAACUGUCCGGAACCAUUCUCACGGCGAUUGUACGAAGACGGGCGCUGCAGCUGCGACUGUUUCGAGAAGCAAAAGCGCUGCCUGAAGAUCAAGAGGGGGCGGGAACCACUCGGAGACCUGGCCCGAAGGUGCGUCGAGACGCAAGACUGUCACGUGCCCGAGUGCGAGUACGGAUUGUACGACGUGGACUCGGGCCGCUGCCCCAAGCGACCGGACUACUGGCCCAAGCACGUCGCCGACCGGAAGGUUCACCCGCAUUCCCACAGAUGGCAGUACUUCGAGCGCGACUGAGCACCGACCACAUCUCCGCCGCUGCUGCCGCCGCCACCGUUGCUGUUUCGUUGUUUGUUUGCUCGCCGCGUAUCGCCUUCGUCUCGUGACAACAACAGUGCACGCGCCUGCGGUAGCCCCGCGACCACCGGGCAUUCCAGUCUUGACCAAAACCGACGCCCUGUGUCGCCUUCAUCGCAGCUCUCGCCUCCCCAGCAGAGCUCCUUCGCUUGAACUUUGAACUCUGGAUAGACGAAGGAAGCGAACGAAUGCGCAGUCGGGCCAGAUGAGACGAGGGAGGAGAAUGCUCUGGGCGAAUACCAAGAAAGUUGAGGACUUUAAUUGUAUUAGUGUGUGUGUGUGUGUGUGGGCGUGUGCAAGGUUUUAGCCUGCACCAUGCCAAUGACAGUUAUAGUGUCUGUUUUGUGUGUGUAUUUUUUGUCUCUCCUUCCUUUCGUUAUUUAAGGUUUCCACUCUGAACAGAGCGCCUUCGCGUAGCUCCACCGCGCCUACGAGGCUAUACAUCCGUGUAUAGGAACUUCCCACAUCGACACACACACACAAUGACAUCAAGUACUUGUACCUAACCUUGGAGAUUUUGCGUUAACUUUGUUGUCCUUAUUUUUGUUUUUUACAUGCGCACAUGUUUGCAGUUGCGGAACACAUCUGACACUCCGGAGAAUGAUGACACUAGCCAGAGUAUUUGUUGUUUAUAUUGAGAAGACAGCAAGUGGUGCGCCCUUUAGUAAACAGCAAGCUGAAAUUACGUGCAGGUGCGUGAAAGCAGUGGCUUCUUCACAUUUGUCCAUGCAUGUGAAUGUCGCACUCUUUUCCGGUGUCCCAAAUGAACUGUGCUCGCUUAGGGAUAUCAACGAUUCUGGCGGCUAAGCUAGACAAUUAACGUCCGAUUGAGUGACAGAGAUGCAUAAUACUUUCGUUCUACUGUGACUGCAAAGAAGUUUUAAUCAUUGCGCUUGAGUUGUCUGACACAACACAAUAACAUGUUGCAAAGGUGACGUGGUAUAGUUAACGUUUGCUCCUCAUAGUUCUCUAUCGCGCUGUUAUCUUUGUCCUGUGCUGAACUUGUUACAUAGCUAAGUUUGUUACAGAUUCUUCUCGCCUUCCAUAUGUUACUUUUUAGGAACCAUGUUUCGAGCCCGACAAUGUUUCCAUGCAAGCUGUAGUCGUGCAUCUUUAUUCUGCAUAUCGAUAUUGUUGCUGUGCUCGUCCGCAAGUUAAUCAUUUUCCAGUCCACGACCAAGUGUGUGUUUGCCUAAUGGCUUAACUUAAGCUAACUCACUGCCUCCUUUUUGUACUUUUCAUACCCAGUGAAUCAAACAAAUAAAAAAAAAACGGCAAUAACCAUCUCGGUGUUUAAACGUAGCUGAAGACAACUCGACAUAAAACACUCUUCUUCUAUAGCUGAAGAUGCCUUAGUCAGCCUGUGUAGCAAAGCAUUAGUAAUAUAAUAUCUUAGGCCAAAUGUGCUUCGCUUAACUGGCCAUGAUUCCUUGCUUAGAAGUUCGGGCUUCUAUAUAGUACCCUGUUGUCAUGAUGUUGCCUGAUAGCCUUUUCUAGCUAUACUGUGAUGCUGGUCAGCCUUUAGCUCCCCAUGUUCCAUAUGUUGGUUAGUGGGACACCUAGCGUGCCUGCAACACGCUCGGUGUUAAAUGUUCCCGUUAGCAUUGUCGCUUAAACCAUAGCUAACCGCGCAGCCAAGUUACAGUUUGCUCGAGUUGACAUGUGAAAUCCGUGAGAAGAAAUCUUAGGCUGUAAACUUGUAUUUUGCCAAACGCCAACACACGCUGUUAGCUGAUAGUAUAUUGUCAUAUACCUAGCCGCGACACCUGCAUUUAAGAGCAAGAACACAAACUAUAUUGCGCAGUAUAUCCACAUUACUAGGCAGUGUUUUUAUCUAUUGUUACUUUUUUUCUUCCAGCCGAAAGACUGGGCCGUUUAUUUGUCGCUAAGCGGUCUCCAUAAAUGUGUUUCAAUUUCUGAAACUUCUCAGUUCAAGAGAUACUGGCGACAAUUUCGUUGUCUGUCAUGCCAAGACUCGUGUGUGAGAUGUAAUGCGCACUUUUAAAGUUCGAAAUAAACACGUUGUGCCUGUGUUUA